CUGGAGCUCGGCACAGUUGAUCAUUGUUGUUCGGAGAGGCGAGAGCUAGAGCUUUGAGGAUGUCUGGCCGCGGCAAAGGCGGGAAGGGGCUGGGGAAAGGAGGCGCCAAGCGGCACCGGAAGGUGCUCCGUGACAACAUCCAGGGCAUCACCAAGCCGGCUAUCCGGCGCCUGGCUCGCCGCGGGGGCGUGAAACGCAUCUCGGGCCUGAUCUACGAGGAGACGCGCGGCGUGCUGAAGGUCUUCCUGGAGAACGUGAUCCGCGACGCCGUGACCUACACGGAGCACGCCAAGAGGAAGACGGUGACCGCCAUGGACGUGGUCUACGCCCUCAAGCGCCAGGGGAGGACCCUCUACGGCUUCGGCGGCUGAAGACAGCGCCCCACAGCCCCCAUCCAACCUAAAGGCCCUUUUCAGGGCCACCACCUGCUCAGCAAAGAGCUGCAUUCGCUGCUGCCUAUGCCUAUCCUAGGGUCACCUGGCAAGGAAAUCCCAGAGAGAUUUUGCUAGUUCCUUUUGUUGAAAUACCCCACGCCCCUAAUGUUCUUUGGCGUUCUCCCACCCAAGUACAAACCAGAGCUGUCCCUGCUUUGGUGCCUUCCUUAUGGCUUAAAUACUGUGGCUUGCUUAAAGGGACCAAGGAGCUGGAGCACAAAACAUGAAGGUUCACACUCGUUUCCCAAGUCCAUUGU